CCUGGGAAAGCUGGAAUUGGAUGCCGUCACACUUGCAAUCGCAGUACGUGUGGGACUGUUCUGACAUGUCCGUAUUAUUUAUGAAAGCCAUCUGUACGCGCUGCCUGUUGCUAUGUUCAGGAAUGACACAGGUUAGCAGCUUGAACCAAUGCGGAUGUGUUAGCGUCAGUGCUGGAGGUCAGAAGUCUGAAAUGGGCUCCACUGAGCUCACUAAGGUCAGAUGUUGGCAGGGCUGUAGCCUGAGUUCUCCUUUGCCUGUAACUUCGCAUAGUCCCACAUUCUGCGGGUGGAGACAGGGACCUCUUUGAGGGGCCUUCAUUCUGUCUACCGCAUCAGCUUAUUUGUAAUCCAUGGAGAUCUGGCUCCCAUUCUUGGUCCCACAUCUGGGAGAAGGGAAUCGGAAAAGAAGGGUUGAACUCUGACUUAGAAGAAAGUGUGGAGAGGGCCUGGCCGGAGGGGCCGUGGGGCGUGGAGUCCGAGAGCAUGAGCGCACGUGUGCGAGCGCUUUCUCCGGAGCCAUGGGACGGAGCCGAGCACUUCCCCGAGCCGUGACCAGCCGGUUGUCGUCCAACAUGCAGCGUGAGUACUGAAAAGCAGCUGAGGUCAUGAGGGUGAAGUGUUUGAAGGCCUCGCACCCUCUACCCCAGGCACCACGGCUAACCUGGAGGACAAGGACCAGAUGACACCCGAAGAGAAGUUCACAGGCCCCCUGUUGCCAGCGGUUAAGUGUGGCAUUUUGGCAAACAAAAGGCAAGACCCUCCAUCAACAAAAAGAUUAUGAUUUGAUUUAUUGCAAUAGCCGCUUUCUUACAUGUUUGGAACCAAACCUGCCAUAUCUCUGAGGCAUGCCUGUGUAAAGGAAAUAAAGGAGCGUGAUGCCAGAGGAAUGGCGGCGUGAGAAACCCUUUGGUGGCUUCCCUUAGAGUUUUAACAAUUUGAACAACUCUAACGCAGCCUGGGAUUCCCUGCUCAAGGCACAGGCACAGCUGAGAGAUCUUCACAUUGCAGCAUCUAAAGGUGAUCAAUGUCACUGGCAUCUCCGUGGGAUUUGGCUUAUCUUCUGCUUGUGACACCCUCAUGUCUCAGACGUACGGCAGCCCCAACAAGAAGCACGUGGGGGUCAUCCUGCAGCGGGGCGCGCUCAUCCUGCUGCUCUGCUGCUUCCCCUGCUGGGCGCUCUUCCUCAACACCCAGCACCUCCUGCUGCUGCUCCGGCAGGACCCGGCCGUGUCCAGGCUUACCCAUACCUAUGUCAUGAUCUUCAUUCCAGCUCUUCCUGCGACGUUUCUUUACACGUUACAAGUUAAAUAUCUGCUCACCCAGGGAAUCAUACUGCCCCAGAUCCUAACCGGAGUUGCAGCCAACCUCGUCAACGCUCUCGUCAACUAUCUGUUUCUCCACGAACUGCAUCUUGGGGUGAUGGGCUCGGCAAUGGCCAACUUGAUCUCCCAGUUCUCCCUGGCUCUGUUCCUCUUUCUCUACAUCAUCUGGAAGAAACUGCAUCGAGCUACCUGGGGAGGGUGGUCGCUGGAGUGCCUGCAGGACUGGGGCUCCUUCUUCCGCCUGGCCAUCCCCAGCAUGCUCAUGCUGUGCAUGGAGUGGUGGGCCUACGAGAUCGGGAGCUUCCUGAGCGGCAUCCUCGGCAUGGUGGAGCUGGGGGCCCAGUCCAUCGUCUAUGAACUGGCCACUAUGGUCUUCAUGAUACCCACGGGCUUCAGCGUGGCCGCCAGUGUCCGGAUUGGGAACGCGCUGGGCGCCGGAGACAUCGCGCGGGCCCGGAGGUGCUCCGUGGUCUCCGUGCUGGUCACAGAGCUCUUUGCGGUAGCCUUUUGUGUCCUGCUGGUAAGCUGUAAGGACCUUGUGGGGUACAUUUUCACCACCGACCGGGACAUCCUGGCGCUGGUGGCGCAGGUGGUGCCGCUGUACGCCCUGUCCCACCUCUUCGAGGGCCUCGCGUGCACGGGCGGCGGCAUCCUGCGCGGCAGCGGGAACCAGAAGGUGGGCGCCAUCCUCAACGCCGUCGGCUACUACGUGAUCGGCCUCCCCAUCGGCAUCUCCCUGAUGUUCGCCACCAGGCUGGGCGUGAUCGGUCUGUGGGCGGGGAUCGUCAUCUGCACCGUCUGCCAGGCAGUCUGCUUCCUGGGCUUUAUCGCUCGGCUGAACUGGGAGAAAGCCUGUCAGCAGGCUCAGGUACAUGCCAACAUGAGACGACCCGGGGCCCAGGAUGGGACAUCGCUGGCUCAGGGCCUACUUGACCCAGGGGGCCCUGGGAGCCGGGGAGAGACCGGGAUGAGAGUCGCUGAAAAGAAAGACGAAGCCCCGCUGGAUCAGCAGCUGCACCAGGAAGCGGCCCCUCGGAGGCCGAGGCGCAGGCCGGCCGGCCUGACCGGGAGGCAGCUGGCGCUGCGGCGGGGGCUCCUGCUGCUGGGGCUCCUGGCCGUGCUGCUGGCGGGUGUUCUGGUGCGGGUGUGUGUCCGAGCUUAGGGCGGCGGAGAGAGAGUCGGGCCGGUAAGACUUUUGAGCUCACAAGCAAGUCAUUCAUAGGCCCCGUGGGGAUUUGCCUGCAGGUAAGGCAGGUCAGCCGUGCCCAUGGCUUUCAAGAACUGAGAGUUCAAAGAUGUACUUUCCAAGGAAGAAAAUGAACCAAGUAGAAGCUACGUUCUUACCACGACAAUGUCUGAGAAGUCACAUCAGAGGGAAGUUCAUCCCCCACGGCCUUGCCAAGGACCACUGUGCGGACUGCAUUCCUCGUGGCUUUGCUGUUCUGCUCACUGUUUCUUUAGAUACAAACACACGUGCUGAGUGCUUAAGGGCUGCUGCUAUCUGAAUUAUUUAAAAUAUGUUACAAUACAUUUUUCCUUGUGUCUUAGAUUGUUA